AUGUCCACGGAAAUCACGGACCUCCUUACCACAAUCUCGAACCAUGGCUACCUCAACAGCCUUGCCAAUGUCCUUGCUGAAGAUCCCGAAACGGCCGCUCUCCUCAAUGAAGCGCGCAAUGUAACAUUUCUAGCCCCCACUGAUGCUGCCUUUAAUACUAUGUUUGCGGAUAUGGAAUUUGCAGUCCAAACUGAGGUUGAAGAGAAAAGGUUUCUCUUACCCACCUUGCUAAUUGACGACAAUGAUUACUCUCUUACUGGGCGAUCAGCUCUUGGGGGAACAGUCAUGGUCAGCCAUCAGUACGUCAGACAAAUCUCUGAUCCUCUUUACGAGAACAUCGCGGCUGGUGGGCACAACAGAAUAGCCAAGUUAGCUGGGGCUACCAACUUUACUGGUGGCACGCUGUAUCCCAUAAGCCAGGUUCUAGUCACCCCAGACUUGCUUGGAAAUACUAUACAAGCGACAAAUCAAAGUCAGGGCCCUUUCGACUAUUAUUCGCUGGAUGUGGCUCUUUGGAGAGAUGGAUUUAAUCUGGUGCCACGGGCUCAGAUCGAGAAACUCGUUCAAGCCCAUGUGGUACCCGACAAGGUUAUCCCCCACGAGGAUUUGGUGAACACUACGUUAACAACCGCUGCUGGGCAAGAGGUCGUCAUUGUGAAAGAGAAUGGGGGUGGGACUGCGGGCCGCCUAAACCAAACGUUUGGGGAUUUGCAAUUUGAGAUCACCAUACCUGAUAUCUGGUUCGAUCGCGGGUUCAUUCAUGUCAUUGAUCAAGUACUCAAUCCAUUCACAUACAAGUCAACCUCGGACACGGAGAGCUCAGAUACCACCGCAGGAUCCACCAAAGGAUCCUCGAGUGAAACUUCUGUUGCUGUUUCGCAGGAGGAGCUUCGGUCUUCGGCAGACUUGUCAACGGGUGCUAAGGCUGGCAUUGGAGUCGGGGUGGCAGCGGGUGUGAUCGCAGCGAUACUUUUGAUCUUUUUCGUCCGCAAAUUUAGGCGAAGCAAGGAUACGACAACCGAACAGACUUCGGCCCCUGAUCCAUCUUCAGGAGCUCUGGAUGACCCAGGGUUUCAGGAGAAAUCUGAGCUACAGGGUGGUCCGUUCAAUCCUGAGAUUGCUGGCCCGGUAAAAAGAAAAGGAGAAUUAGAAAAUGGUGCUGUAUCAUCAACCUCCCCUCUGAGAUCUGAGCUGCCGACAUCACCAUCGGCAUCCGAGCUCGAGGAAAAACCCUCGCUAUUAGCACGCGCACAGGAGCGAUCCGACUCCAAACCGGGAGGCACGAGCAGCGACGAGUCUAAGAGCGACUCAAAUCCAACAAAUACAGUGACAAUGAGCACCAAGAGAAAUCCUGUUGAUGCCAAUAUUCUAUCACAGUCAAUUGCAGAGCCUCUGCCUCCGGAUUCAAGCUCAAAUGAGUUGGCUGAAGAAUUUGAUCUGCUUGUGUCUGAACUUGGUAUCCUGGUAAGGCGCAAGAAAGCUCUCAGGACGUCUGCAGACGCAUCAGGCGUGCCUCCUGAGGAGGUAGAAGGUCGAAAGGGUGAAGACUAUCGGGAACUAGAUACCCGUGAGCAGCGCCUUCGAUCAAGACUCAGUGAGCUACAAGCGAGUCUGUGA